AUGAUCAAGAACAAUCUUAUGCAGAAUAUAUCAAAUCCUACUUUGUUGAUAUUCAUGAUGUAGAGCGUGUCAAGGUAGAAAUCAGACCUCGUACUGAAUCAAGAGAUAGUAUCACACCUUGUCUGAGUCGAAUCAUUGUAGCUAGCGGUGCUCGUCUUUUUGACUUUUUAGAGGAUUUUGAAAUUCAAUGGUUUAAACCUUCUCAGUCUUAUGUCCAACAAACAGUACACCUAUUUUCAGAUGCGCCUACACCAAGCCAUGUCUUGAGUGCAAAACCUCCUAGUUCAAUUCAGAUUGAAAACAAAACUACUACAGUACCUGCUGAAACGGAUAUUACUGCUACUCGUAUUCAUGCCAAUUAAAAUAAUAAUAAUAAUAAAAUAUUUUUUUUCCUCUUUCUUUCUUUUAUAUAUAUAUAUAUAUAUGAAUCGCUUUAUUCGUUCCUACAGUACAAAAGUUGCAGUAGAUAAGCAGUGCAUACCCUUGAAACCUACAUGGUCUAUUCAGUACCUGCUCGAACCUAUAGGUGAACCCAUCUCUGAUAAACAAUUUGAACAUUUACUUUCACUUGCUCGGCUCAACAUAACCAACAAAGAACGCAAGUCGAAACUAAAGAGUGAUAUUGACGCACUCACUCAAUUCACUGAACAUAUCAAAAAACUAGACAUACAACAAGAACCUUUAACACAUAUUUGGAAAGAAGACAUGAGUCAAAUCCUUCGUAGUGAUGAUGAAGUCAAACAACAGCUUGGAAGAGAUUUAUUAAAACACGCAAAAAGAAAAAGUGGGAAUUUUUACACAGUCCAAGGUUCCAUGCCCCAAAUCUAAGAAUAAAAUCAUCUAUUUGUCUUCAAGAGGAGAAGUACCAACGUUUCUCUUUUCAUCCAAAUCUUUCUUGGUUUGUUCUUCGAUUUCUCG